AUGGGCUCCUCGCGGGCACCCCGGACGGGGCGUGUGGGAGGGCGAGGAACGAUGGCCCUACUGCUGGCCGCUCUCCUCCUGCCAGGGGCCUCGGCUAAGAGCAUCGGGACCUUCUCAGACCCCUGCAAGGACGCGCGUAUCACCUCCCCCAGUGACCCCUGUCUCACUGGGAAGAGUGGUUCCAGUAGCUUCAGCGGCCACAGUGGCUCCAGCAGUUCCAGCAGCUCCAUUUCCAGUUCCAGUGGCUCUGCUGGUGGCCCCAGUGGUGCUGGUGGCUCCAGUGUCACCCAGGGUGGUUCUUCAAGAUCUUCGUUAUCUAAGCCAGGAACAGGGUAUUCCCAGAUCAGCUACUCCUCCGGAUCCAUCUCCUCCCAGUCCGGCGGCAGCAGCUCCCAGUACGGAAGCGGUAGCUCCCAACCAGGAUCUGGCUCAGCUCUAUCAACCAGUGAUGAUUCUUCCCCAUUAAGCUCUUCCCAGUCUGGAGGCGGCUCGAGCUCAUCUGUUUCCCAAAGCUCUUGGAUGUCCAGCAGCGGUGGCCAAAGUGUCAACUCUAACUUACGCCCCUGUAGUUCAGAUGUCUCUGACUCUCCCUGCAGUGGGGGGCCUGUUGUCUCCCACUCUGGCUCAAACGUCUCCAGCUCCGUGUCGGGAGGUCAAAGGCCAGUGGUGGUGGUGGUGGAGCAGCAUGGCUCUGGUGGCCCUGGAGGGGUUCAGGGUACCCCCUGUGGCCUUCCAGACAAGCCCUGCCCCCCCAUCACCUCUGUAGACAAGUCCUAUGGCAGCUAUGAAGUGGUGGGUGGCUCUUCUGACAGUUAUCUGGUCCCAGGCAUGACCUACAGUGGGGGCAAAAUCUACCCUGUGGGCUACUUCACCAAAGAUAACCCUGUCAAAGGCUCUCCAGGUGUCCCUUCCUUUGCAGCUGGGCCCCCCAUCUCGGAGGGCAAAUACUUCUCCAGCAACCCCAUCAUCCCCAGCCACAGCUCUUCUAGUUCCAACAUCUACCAGUCGGGAGCUUCCUCAGCCAUUGUGUUCCAGCCAGUGGGCUCUGGUGGGGUCCAGCCCUGCAGAGUUGGCUCUAAGGGGCCCUGCUCCCUCUCGAGUUCUGGAGCCCACAGCAGUUCUAGCGUCUCCAGUAGUUCAUCCUUCCAUCCCUGCGGUGAUGUUUCACAGGGGCCCUGUUUCCCACCAGGCACUGGCUCCUUCAGCGGCACCUCCAGCUCCCAAGCCAGUGGCAAAAUCAUCCUUCAGCCCUGUGGCAGCAAGUCCAGCUCUUCUGGUCACCCUUGCAUUUCUGUCUCCUCCUCUACAUUGAGUGGGGGUCCCGAUGGCUCUCCCCAACCUGAUCCUUCAGCUGGUGCCAGGCCCUGUGGCUCCAGCAGCUCCGGAAAGCUCCCCUGCCGCUCCAUCCGGGACAUCCUGGCCCAAGUAAAGCCUCUGGGGCCCCAGCUAGCUGACCGUGAAGUUUUCCUACCCCAGGGAGAGUCACUUGACAGUCCAUAA